GGUGCCCUGGCAAAGGAAAAGGGCGCGCGAACACGCGUUCGAGGCGGGGCCGGAGAGGAUCUCCUGGGCAGCGCUCACUCCCUGGCCGGCUUGCUUGCGCGCAGUUGCUCCCUCUGUCCUUCGCUCGCUAGCGCAUCCCCUCCCACACCAGGGAGUAGUUUUGGGUGGCGCGGGCUCCGUCCUCUUCUCGGCUGGUGAGAACCGUGUGCCCAGAAGAGGAAGUCUGGUGUGCCUGGCCCCUCCCAGCCCAGCGCCGAUGAGUGCCAGGGAGCCCAAGGAGCUGAGGCUGGCGCUGCCGCCGUGUCUCCUCAACCGGACCUUUGCUGCCCCCAACGCCAGCGGCACGGGCAGCGCUAGCGCCCGUGGCCCGGGCGCAGGAGGCGGCGGCGGCACAUGCAUCACGCAGGUGGGACAGCAGCUCUUCCAUUCGUUCUCCUCCACGCUGGUGCUGAUUGUCUUGGUCACCCUCAUCUUCUGCCUCAUCGUGCUGUCCCUCUCCACCUUCCACAUCCACAAGCGUAGGAUGAAGAAACGGAAGAUGCAGAGGGCUCAGGAGGAAUAUGAGCGGGAUCACUGCAGCGGCAACCGCGGCGGGAGGGGGCUUCCCCAGCCCGAGGGCGGCCAGGCCCCAAACCAAGCAAAAGAAACCCGGCUGGAGAAGCAGGGCCGGGACUCUGCCUUCUGCGUCUCAUCCAACGCCUCUUCUUCCCCUGGCCUCCUGUGCCAGCGUCCCUGUGCUCCUCCGCCUCCACCACCGGCCCCCAGUCCGCAAGGAGCACACACAGCCUCUUCCUGUUUGGACCCAGCUGGCGAGGGCCUUUUGCAAACGGUGGUACUGUCCUGAUUGUCUAGCCCCUCUCCUCUUCCCUUCCUCGUUUCCAGCAUCUUUGCCGUCCUUGCUUUUUCCCUCCGGCCUUCCUCUUCCCCUUUCCUGCGGCCUCCCUUUCCUCUUCCUUCUUUCCUUAUUUGUCUUCCCCCUACUCUUUUUCUCCUCCGCCGAGGCACUGUGCGGUAUUUGUAAAUAUUGGGCGAGGAAAGUCUCGGAAGAAGAAA